CCAGCCUCUGACACCACUCCUUGUGCAUCUGCCUGUCCUGAGGGCUCUGUGGUUUCCUCCAUCUGCACAGCGGGGAUCAGAGGGAAGAGACGCCAUGACCCCCACCCUCACGGCCCUGCUCUGCCUCGGACUGAGUGUGGGGCUGAGGACACAAGUGACGGCAGGGACCCUCCCCAAACCCACCAUCUGGGCUGAGCCAGGCUCUGUCAUCUCCUGGGGGAGCCCUGUGACCAUCUGGUGUCAGGGGACCCUGAAGGCCCAGGAGUUCCGUGUGGAUAAAGAGGGAAGCACAACGCCCUGGGACAGACAGAACCCACUGGAGCCCGGGGACAAAGCCAAGUUCUCCAUCACACACAUGACAGGGUUCACUGCAGGGAGAUAUUGCUGUUACUAUCUCAGCUCCACCAGCUGGUCAGAGCUCAGUGACCCCCUGGAGCUGGUGGUGACAGGAUCCUACAGCAAACCCAGCCUGUCAGCCCUGCCGAGCCCUGUUGUGACCUCAGGAGGGAACGUGACCCUCCUGUGUGGCUCAUGGCAGGGAUUUGACCAGUUCAUUCUGACUAGGGAAGGAGAACACGGGCCUCCCUGGACCCUCGACUCACAGCCACACCGCAGAGGGGAUUCCCAGGCCCUGUUCCCUGUGGGCCCCCUGACCCCCAGCCACAGGUGGUUGUUCAGAUGCUAUGGCUCUUACAGGAACACCCCCCAGGUGUGGUCACACCCCAGUGACCUCCUGGAGCUCCUGGUCUCAGGGACCCUCCCCAAACCCACCAUCUGGGCUGAGCCAGGCUCUGUCAUCUCCUGGGGGAGCCCUGUGACCACCUGGUGUCAGGGGACCCUGAAGGCCCAGGAGUUCCGUGUGGAUAAAGAGGGAAGCACAACGCCCUGGGACAGACAGAACCCACUGGAGCCCGGGGACAAAGCCAAGUUCUCCAUCACACACAUGACAGAGCACACUGCAGGGAGAUAUUGCUGUUACUAUCUCAGCUCCACCAGCUGGUCAGAGCUCAGUGACCCCCUGGAGCUGGUGGUGACAGGAUCUUACAGCAAACCCAGCCUGUCAGCCCUGCCGAGCCCUGUUGUGACCUCAGGAGGGAACGUGACCCUCCUGUGUGGCUCACGGGAGACAUUUGACGGGUUCAUUCUGACUAGGGAAGAAGAACACGGGCCUCCCUGGACCCUCGACUCACAGCCACACCGCAGAGGGGAUUCCCAGGCCCUGUUCCCUGUGGGCCCCGUGACCCCCAGCCACAGGUGGUUGUUCAGAUGCUAUGGCUGUUACAGGGACAACCCCCAGUUGUGCUCACUCCCCAGUGACCUCCUGGAGCUCCUGGUCUCAGCCCCAGGACCCUCUGGUGACACCAGCCCCCCACCCACAGGGUCCAUCUCCACAGCUGCCCAAGGUCUCAAAAGGUACCUGAACAUCCUUAUGGGGGUCUCGGUGGCCCUCAUCUUGCUGCUCUCCCUCCUCCUCCACCACUGGCAUCAGAGGAAACUCAGGGUGUCAGGGGCCGCAGACCCAGAGCCCAAGGACAGAGGCCUGCAGAACAGCUCCAGACCAGCAGCUGAUGCCCAGGAAGAGACCUCAUAUGCUGCCAUGAAGGACCCACAGCCUGAGGAGGCCAUGGAGCUGGACCCCCAGCAGAACAGGCACAAUAAAGACCCCCAGGGAGUGACGUAUGACCAGGUGAACCUCUCAAGAUCAAGAUUCAGGCGGGGAGUGGCCACCCCUCCUUCUCCCCUGUCAGGGGGGUUGCUGGACACGAAGGACAGACACGCAGAAGAGGACAGGCCGAUGGACAGUCAGGUGGGUCCCAACCUCUCCACGCCCCAGGCUUCCCCUUAACCCCAACCACGUACCUUCCCUGUCACUCUCCCCCCGCUCCAGGCUGCAUCAUCUGAUGACCCCCAGGAUGUGACCUACGCCCAGCUCAGCCACUUGACCCUCAGACGGGAGACAAGUGCACCUCCUUCCUCCCCGUCAGAGGAGCCCCCAGAUGAGCCCAGCGUGUACACUGCUCUGGCCAUCCACUAGUCCAGGAAGGGCCCAGACCCCACUCCAGGGAGGGGGCCUGCAGGGACCCUGGAAGGCACAGGGGCUGCCCCCCGUGGACACUGAGCUUGUGACCCUGGAAGUCUGGAGGCCUGUUGUGAACCACCAGGAGCUUCUGGGAGACUCUGGGAGUCACCUGAUUCUGCAGUCAAAGAAAACUAUCUGCCUACACUUUGGAAACAAAGAGUCAGACUUCUCGAUGUCAAUGUGUGAACUGAGAACCAAAAAAAAGUGAGUGAAUGUUUUAAACUGAAUGAUAAUGUGAACAUUACACAUCAAACCUAUAAAAUAAAAAAAUUAAAAACUAUGAAUUAAUGUAUUA